AUAUUCAAUUUUGAAAAUAAUUUUGAGAUGAAAAAAUCCGAGACUGUGCUUUUUUAUGUUAAGUUUAGAUUCGACAUUGGGGUCUUCAAGAAAAGAGACAAUAGCUUUCUCAAAAAGUCGGCCACGCAUCGGUAUUGCUUGUGUCCAUGGGCUGCGGUGUUUGCUUACCAUCAGGUAACCACUUUUAUGCCCACUAUGCUAUAAAAAUGUAUAAUAAUAUUAAUAUUUAGGUCUACAAAUCAUGAAUCAAUAAAUAAUCUUACAAAAGUGUUUUAACUUAUUUUUAUUUGAAUCAUGAUUAAAUAAAAUUACACAUCAGCCCGAAUGUCGUGUUUAUGUUUUACCCAAGUGUAAUAACGAUAAAGUAUUAAUAUAUUAGUCUUUCCGUCGUAUUAUUCAUGUUGUUUCAAUAUUUGAUACUACUAGCGCCAUCUAUUGUAAUUUGUCUAGAAACAUCUCAUUAACAUUAUUACCGAUAAUGUUCUAAACAUAAAAAUAAAUAGAAAUAAUGAACAAUGCAAAUCCGACGUGCCAGUAUGCGAGAGUGACAGUUGUAACACCAAUCAGUCAAUAACGGGUACGGAGACACAUCGACACGAUCAAAACUCCAAACGUCUGUAAAAACCGAUGAAAACGAAAAAGAAAAUGCAAGCGAAAAUAGCUGUUGAAUGGCCGGCGAAGUGAACGUUGCACUUUCACGAUUAACAAAAGGAAAAAAUAAACGCGAGUUAGCAAACUGAACAUUGCCCGAUAGUUCAAAUUAACGCCAAGGGUCCGAGACGGCGCUGGUGUCGCGCGCGUUUCUUGUCGCGAGAUUAGUUCGGCUACUCGACACUUCUAAUGAUAGCAGCACUUUGUCUAUUACUUGAAAUUAUGGACGGACAAUAAUAAAGAUUUUUAUGUUUUAUUUUCCUAAUAAGUUAUAUAUAUUGUUUUAUAUUUUAAAUUACUUUUAUUCUGAUAACAGUAUUUACUAUAAUGUAUUUAUAAUUAAUUUGUUGUAUAUAUAAUUAAUUAGCAGCAUAGGGUGACUAUUGGUUUGGAAUGUUUAGUUCAAAGAUUUUACUAUAGGACUGAAAUUAUCUAAAUACUCGAUAUUUAGCAUUUUUAUUUCCAAUAUUCCGGGUUUAAUGCGACAUGUAGCUACCGCAUUCCCAAAAUAAUAUCACAUGAGUAAAAAGUAUUGAAAACCGUCGAUCACAUGAUCGGCCGACAGAUCGAAGCGGGUCAAGCACAACAGGUGAGUUGCGGAGCGCAUCAACUAAAAAAUAAAAUAUCGAAAUGUGAAAAAAUAAUAAAAAUCGGCAAAUAUAGUAAAUUGAAAAAAGUAUAGCUUUGUCUUUUUUCAUCUGGCGUUUUUCGCGUAUGUGCGUCCUUGUCGGGAGUGCGCGCACGUGGUUUUCGGUAGUCGGCGUUUGAGGGCCGGUGUGCGGGGCGCGUGCCGCGAGGCCCACAUCCCGUCGCGCCGCGCGCGGACCGGCUGCGUUGCCCGUAACCUCCGAAUGACCUCAUUUUUUUUUCUCCAAUGUAAAUAUUCGGCUCGUUUUGCCGCAUAGUCUAUAAGUGGUGUUAAGUUCCUUCGACGCGUUUAAAUUAUUUCCAACAUACAAGUUAAUUAGUGGACUCUUAAAAUUGACUUAGCUGUGUUUAGUAAUUUUGAGUGUAAGAAACAUUUUUGUGAAACUGUUUGGUUUUUGACAACCGGAUUCGUAACUUUGUAAAAAUUAGUUGUUAAGUUAGAUUUCCUGUCGGACUGUACCUCAUAACUUUGCGUGGUGUUGGUGAAGGGAAAUUAAGAAAAUUAAAAUUGUUUUUUGUUACAAUUGUGUUGCGAGAAGAUUUUCGAUUGAAGAAUUUUUAUUGACACUGAAGGUAAUUUUGUGGAAUUAUAAUGCGUGAAGUUAUUCUUUAUUUUACAUUAUUUUGAUUUAGUUUCGCUUUGUUAUAUUUUGUUACUUUUUUUUUUCAAAAACUGAAAAUAUUUUUGUUCAAGGCUUAAUAUAAAUAAUAACAAUUUUUAUUAAAUAGUAUUAUAACGUCUAUAUGGUAACUUGGUGGACUAUUUUUCUUUUUAAAUUUAAUGUUUGAAUAUAUUCUAAUGGCGUAAUGGAACUUCACAAAUUAUUGUUCAAUGUCUCAAGAAAAUAAAAGCACAAUGUAAAAAAAAAUAUUUAGUUCCGUUCAUUCUUUUUAAAUUUAUUGGUUGCCACAGUUCUGUAAAAUAAUAAUGGAAAGCUAGUAUUUUUUUUUGUUGAUUAUGUAUUUUAUAAGUUCAAGAUAUAUAUUUACAGUUUUGAUUCAUUUCAUUUUUAGAAGGGAAAUUAUGUGGACCAUUUUAGCAUUUUGUGCAAGACGCAACUGUAGACUACGCAAUAUCCUACACAGAUAAUAAUACAUAUUAUUUUUGGGAUAAUUCACAACAGUAUAUUCUCUAUCAAUUUGUUCCAUAUUUGAACUGGCUAUUAUAUUUUUUAAAUAAGUCUUGCUUUUUUCUUUUCAAAAAUGUAAUAGUGUUUAUUUUUUAAUUUGAAAAAAGAACAUGAUGCAUAAAAAAAAAUCUUAAAAAGCGGGUUCAAUGACCUGACCGCGACAGCUGCCGGCCGCGGCUGAUAAAAGAAUCAUAUUAAUUCAUCCCGCUCGGACUCAUCUGGUUACGUAGGUACGUACUCUCGCCUCGCCGCCAUUUUCACCAAAAGCACAAAUUAUUUAUAUUUUAUGAAUGAAAAAAGAAAGUUGAACGUGACGUCGAAAAUUGCGGAAUUUUUUGUUUCCCGCAUUGUAAUGUAGCGUGGAGUCAUUUGUUGAUAACAAUUUUAUUUGGAAAGAAAAUUUUAUUUCAAUUAAUUUUGUAUAACAAAAGACGUUUACUUAUUUUUAUACAAAAUAAAAUAUUUCUUUAUACAUAUAUAUUUUUCUAUAACAAUAUAAUUGCAAAAAUCGUCACACACUACGUAAUUAGCUUCGACAACAUGUUCAACCAAUAACGUGAAAACACUACGUCUCUACAUCUCGGUCGAUUAAUGCACCUAUAUGACAAUAAAUAAACUCGCAUUUUCAUUAAGGUUUUGAAAAUCUUAAAUCAAAUUUAUUGCUAAGCAUGAACAAUCUAACUCAACAUUAAUUUCGGUACAUAGAGCUAGAAAAUAAUCAGUGAAGAUACCAAUCUUAUCGAUAGUUUAAUGGUAAAGCCGCUGUUCAGGAAUGGCAGGGCGUGGGAGUGUGUUCGAUUCCUACUCUAAUAUAAGUUACAAAUGCUUUUAUAAAAUUUUGUUAAAAAGCAUGAGUCAUAUGUAUAAAAACCGAUAUAAAUACAAUUUCAUCUAUAUUUUCUCUGAUCUACCAGCUUUUUAUCUACCGUAUUUGCUUUCCCAAGCGAACAGUUAUUAUUUUAAUUUUCGUGCAAAUUAGUUCAGAAUCUAAGUGAAAUUAACCACAGUUGUCAGUGCUUCUCUAAUUGUCGUAUAUGUAAUGGUAAAAAUGAUAAUGAAUCGGAAAAAUGACGUCAUUCAGUGUAAAACAAAAUGUACACCCGAUGAAGCUCAUUGAUAUUGUCGGCGGCCGAUUACGCGGAUUUUUUGCGAAUGAUUGAAUUUUAUUUACAAUUAACUCGGCCUCGACCGGCGAAAGUGAGAGUGACGAUUAAAUGCCAUUUAAAAAUAAAACAGCUCGCCGCCAUAACAUUGGUAUGUCGAUUUAUCUGUACUUAUGUCGGUACGUUUCGAUGCAGCCCGCGUUGGUUUUACAAAUAUAUUUUUUUACUCGUGACUGUACUCGUACUGUCGAAAAUCCUCACAAUAGGCGUGAACAAAACGUCUUAGCUCUAAGAAACCGCCCAAACAGAGCUAAGAAGGGGAGGCGGGCGGCCCGGCCCGCCUAAUUUGUCUUAGGCGGAAAAAUCGCGUGGCGAUUACAAGUGGCUCGUAACGAAGUCGCCCCGGGGCGCGGGGGUGCGGCUUGGCUUGGCUUGGCGGGGGGAGGAGGAGGGGGCAGCGCGGAUCGGGGUGGCGCGCCGCGCGGACACGUCUCAGUCGUCCGUCUGGAGUCGCGGCGGCCGGCCGGGCCGCGCGGCGCAAUACACGUUCCUCGUGCUCUUGUGAUUAUAAAUAUUAAUAAAUACAAAAUUCAAAAAUAACUUAAAAUUAACCGCGUGUAAUCAAAAAUAUUUUUAGGCUAAACAUCCCCUACCCCACACUUUUUUAACCUAAACUGUUGGCAGUGGUGAAAAAGUUUUUUGCAAAAUUUUUAAUAUUUACGUCGGUUACAUUUGUAAGAGAUUAAAACUUUUGGCCGUUAUUGAGAAUAUUUUUAUUUGAAAAUUUAUUUUUCUUGUGCGAAAUUCCGUGUGAGCGAUUAAUUAAAGUUAAGCGUUGAAUUAAUGUUAAGGAUUCUAAUAAUUGUAGUUGUAAUAUUAAAGAAUAUUGACUUGAGUUGAAUAUUCUCAUUGAUCGGACUUGACUCUAGUGAUUGAACUGAACACUCUGUGCAUCGAGUCGCUUCUGCAAAAAGAUCACCCAUUAACCAACACCACUGAGACCUCACCGAUACUCAACAGAGACUAAAUAAGAUCCAUCGGGGGCCACGGGCACAUUUUCACAUUGGAUAAGUGCUCAGAAUUCAGAUUAAUGAGCGGGCGAUGCGGCUCCGAUAGAGCGGUGGGGCACUGCCCGCCGCGCACCCGGCCAAUCCCGGCCCGUCUCGCCUAUGAUGUCAUCGGAGGAGGAGGCCGACUCACACGCGCCCUACUCAGAUAAACUACUGAAGAAACAGAAGCGCGCGAGACAGCGCGUGGACGCCGGUGAACCGCGCAAUUCUUAUUCGACUCUCGCGACGAACGGACCCGCGCCCGCGCGCGUUGCACACAUGAGUGGCGGACUUUACGGCGCCAUCUUCGAGGGCCGCCAGCACUUCGGGCUGUUCGCUCCUGGCUAUCCCCCGGCUGAGAUGCUCAACGAACUGCUCGGCCGGACGCCCAUGCAGGACGACUCGGCUGAGGAAGCGGCCGGUGGCGAUAUCGCACACCGUGUCUUGCGAGACAUACUACAGAGCCGCAAGAAGGAGCUGCUCCGGCUCUCCCCUGACAACAAUAACGUACUUGCAAAUAACAACAACGACGAACCUAAAGAGAAACGAUCUCCAGAGAGACCUACUUCGAGGGACUCCCGGCCUGACCUUGACGACGCACUCCUGGCGCUAGAUAGCGCUGGAGACUCCCGUACGUCGCCACCGCCAGCCCCUCCACCGUCAGAACCUCUUCUCGCUCCCAAGUCUGAACCGGAGGACCGUGAUAGUGAUGCUCAACGUUCUUCGCCGCGACCUCUUGAUGUGAAACGUGCUCGUGUUGAGAACAUUGUGUCGACUAUGCGUGCUAGUCCCGCGCCUCAACAGCCGCAAGUGAACGGUUGCAAGAAACGAAAACUUUACCACCCAGUGCAACACGACGGUGCGGCGGAACGCUACGGCACCAGCCACGGCAGCAGUGCUCAGACAGUGUCCGACGACUCCGAGGAUGACGGUGAGCGACCACCUAUACAACAAAAAUUGGUAGAAAAGAAUGCUUUAAAAUCACAACUUAGAACUAUGCAAGAGCAACUCGCUGAGAUGCAAGAGAAAUAUAUGCAAUUGUGCAAUCGAAUGGGACAAGAAUCAGAAACGAUCGAUAAUGAUGGUGCUUCUAGUGAUAUAGAACAGAGCGAAGACCCUGUACCUAAAUCAGAGCCUUCAUCGCCAGCCAAAGAGAUACCACCAUCAAUACCUAAUAGUGCUGCGCCGAAUAUGCUUUCACAAGUGAUGAGUAAAAUGAUGUCGGCAAAGAUGCACGUUCAUGCAGCUGCGCACCCGCACCUCCCGCCUGGUUUCAAUGGCACCCUACCACCUUUGAUGCCACCAAUGCCUCCUGGUGAUCACAUGCACCCUUCACAUCCACACCAACACCUCAACAACGCUGCAGCAAUGUAUCUCAACGUGAGCCAGAAAUUAUUCCUAGAACAAGAAGCGCGAAUGAAAGAAGCUGCUGAACAACAACAUCAACAAAAUAAUCAACAACAAAGGCCACAGUCAAACCAGCCUUCACCACAACAAAGACAUCUUGGCCCAACUCCUAAGCCUCCAAUGUCUUCUGAGCUCGCUGAAAGGCUUGAUGCUAUAAGAAACAAUAACGGCCCUAUCGGGCCCGUGUCUGGUGCUGAUCUCGAAGGACUCGCGGAGGUGCUCAAAAGUGAAAUAACGGCAUAUCUCGCCAGCCUCAUAGACUCAAUCGUGACCCGUUUUGUGCAUCAACGCCGAAUGAUCGGGAAGCAAUCUGAAGCAGCGGCAGCGGCUGCGGAGCAGCUCAACAAGGAUCUAUUGCGUGCGACGCGGCUACUCGAAGGCAAAUCUCCAACACCGAAACAACCGGAAAGACCAUCAGGACAAAUGUCAGGUAACGCACCCGUCCAUCAUUCAGGCGCUCCUAAUGGCGUCCCAUUCAUGACACAUAAUCCGAUGUUGAUGAGCCAAAUAAAUGGUCCCCGCGCGCCAGGCGGUGCUGCGUUCCAGCUGCACCCCGAGGCGGGCGGACCAGGACACGGCACUCACGUGCGGCCUCCAACAGGCAUUUUCCAGACGCCGCCGAAGCCGCUAGCCAAUAUGUACGGGCCAAUGAACGGGCACUUCGAGCGUGAACCAAACCCAGAGCAAAACGAAGCGCUGAGCUUGGUGGUGACGCCAAAGAAGAAGAGGCAUAAGGUGACCGACACACGCAUCACGCCGAGAACCGUCAGCAGGAUCCUAGGAGAGGGUGUGGGACACUCGCCUGAAAACAAAUUCCCAGAGUCGCCAUCUCCGCGACCUUACCCAGGAGGAAUGGCGUUACCGACCUCAGUGGCGAUACCUAAUCCGUCGCUGCAUGAGAGUCAAGUAUUCUCACCGUAUUCGCCUUUCUUUGGGGCCGGGGGUGGUCUGGCACGGUCCCCGCCAGCUCCUGAGAGGGACUCGCCUCCGCUACCGCACGCGCCGGUGCUGCUGCACCCAGCGCUGAUGGCAGCCGCGCACCACACGGCGCACGCUUCGCCGGACUACCUGCGGCACCACCAUGCGCACGCGCCGCACCACGCCGUCCUGCCGCACCAUCCCCAGCACAUGGACACGCAGGACCCUCACUCCGACUGCAACUCCACAGAUCUGCCUUACGACGGAAUUCAGCCUACUUCCUCGACCCUGACGCCGAUGCACCUGCGCAAGGCGAAGUUAAUGUUCUUCUGGGUGCGCUAUCCCAGCUCAGCGGUGCUCAAGAUGUACUUCCCCGACAUCAAAUUCAACAAGAACAACACCGCACAGCUCGUCAAGUGGUUCUCCAACUUUAGGGAGUUCUACUACAUCCAGAUGGAGAAGUAUGCGCGGCAGGCGAUCAGCGAGGGUCUGAAGACGGCGGACGACCUCCACGUGGCCGGCGACUCCGAGCUUUACCGGGUCCUCAACCUGCAUUACAAUAGGAACAAUCACAUUGAGGUCCCGCCAAACUUCAGAUACGUAGUGGAGCAAACUCUCCGCGAGUUCUUCCGCGCGAUCCAAGGUGGCAAGGACACGGAGCAGAGCUGGAAGAAGUCCAUCUACAAGGUCAUCUCCCGUCUCGACGACCCCGUACCCGAGUACUUCAAGUCGCCCAACUUCCUCGAACAACUCGAGUGAGCGCGCCCAACAAACACGCACAACGUUUCGACUAGUUAAAUAUUACAUUGGACGAUUAUUUCGCACACCAAAAUUUUACGACACUCGCAUUUAGGCCUUCAGAUUCAAAAUUAUUAAUAAAAAAGUAAAUUAAAUUAUUGAAAUUUGUACGUUGGACGUCGGCGACGCGUCGCCGCAAGCGCUCUAUUAGGAAAUUUAGGUUAUACGAGUAAGAGAAAAUUUAAGUCACCUAGAAUUUUAUUUCUGCACAUAAUAUAUUUCGCUAUAUAUAAUUAUUAUUAUAUUAUUAUUAAGUAUUAUCUUAAAAUGGUUUUUAUAGUUGUGUAUAUCGUAAAAUCAUUUAUUGAUUUAUUCUUUAAGGAAAAAAACGAUUAAUAUAUUAACUGCUUAAGUUUUGACAUUUGGUUGUUUUUUUUUUAUUUAUUCCUUUCCCGUCCUUUCGAGCCUGUUUCAGUUGUUUUAUUCCUGGGAUUCGUUCCGUGUAGUGUUUGUGUUGGAGGCGCACUUCGGUGCCCGAAAAUUGUCAACCUUUACCUCGUCAUAAUUAUUUUAGGAAUAAUUAACGUUAACCAUAGUGAUUAGUACAAUAGAGCAGGGUUAUUUUUCGAUCCACAAACAAAGAUUUACACAUUAUUUUUAUACUGAUAGCCGGUUUUAAGUUCAUGCAGAGAGAUUUUCAAUAGUAUAAAGAUAAAUAAACAGUGACAAAAUUCAAAAUAUUGUUAAACAUCUUCAGUUGAUAUUGAUGUAAACAUCCUUGUUUGUAUUUAAGAUGAUUCGGCAAAGUUCGGCUCACAUUUCAGUUGGUUCGGAUUUUUCCGAACAUAGGGUUAAGUUUAUUCUUUAGAUAAAAUACUAUUUUCCGAAAUUAUGCGUGGGCACAUGCAAGCAACACCACAGUGCGGAGCGUCACACCAUUUCUUUUGUUUACAUUCUCGUUUUCUGGACUUUAUCACAAACAGCAAUAACAGUGGAAUUUUAACAAUUAUAAUUUGAAAGAUAUUUAGUCUUGAAAACAUUGGUUAUACAGAAAGAUGGUUAUGCGUUUAGUUUCCGAUAGUAAUUUAUUUGUUAGUAGGUACCAGUGGUGUAGCGCGCGCUCCGCAGGCGGGCGCCCCGCGGCCUCCAUCGUCUCAUAGCCUCUCGACCCGCAACCGAACACACACAAUAGUUGAAGGCAACCACACUCAAUAGACCAAAAACCUCACAGACAAAUUAAAAAACUACACUAUUUGGCUUCCGUCUAACACUAAAAGCACUGGGCCACCUCGUCCGAUCAGAAGUGCCUUCAAGAAAAUGUUGAUUUUUUACGAGAAAAUAAGAAAUUAAUACAAAUGGGCCCUCAAUAGAACCUGCCGCCCCUGGCCGCGCGGCGCCCGCGUCUCUCCCGCCCCACGCACGCGCAUCACGUUCGCCGUAUCGAACAAUCAGUAUACAUACACACUUACUAUUAUACUAUAGAAGAAUAAUUAGUUUGAUUCGUAGAUAUAUGUAGCGCGGUGGGCCGGGGAUCUUUGUCUGGCGAUGCGCAACCCUGAAAUAUCCCAAUGCAAGGUAACAAGCCUGCGCACGCGCGCUCGCUAGACGCCGCUCCCCGGCCUCUGCUAUCUCGAUGUAUUUGUUAUAACAUGUAGUCGCCGGCCGCCGACCCUGCAACGCGGUAACAUUUUCAGUUUCCAUCCUCAGUUCACAGGAGUUCACACGACACAAAAUAUACUUAUUAUUUCGCUUCUCAAAUAGAUAUAAACCGAUAAGAUAGAUAGUUGUACAGAGAUGUAUAGCCAUGUACAUAAUACGAUAGUUUUAAUACAGAAAGAUAAAUGGAAUAACUAUCUUAGCGCUAAUGGUAUUAAUUAAGGCUCAAUAGAAAAAUGGAAAAUUGCGAAUUGAUUUGCGGAAUUGUACAAAAUGUUACGCCAUCUUGAGUUCAUAGUAUGCGCCCGCGCAGGGCGGGCGGCCGGCCCUAGCUAAGCAAGUGUAAGCAUUUUCAUUUGGUAUUACAGGUUUGUUAUCGUUUCAUUUGUAACCAUUUGAUCUAUUACGAUAAUAUAAGGGUACCUCAGUUUAGGAUGGACCAGGCGUCGACUGGUGUGCUUAGACUAUCAGGUUAGGUGAGAGAUACGGAACCUUUUUACAACAUCGACACAAAUAUAACAUGCAGCCUCCCCCGUUCAGAAAGCCGGUUUUUAGUUCGGAAUUUUCCCGGUCAAUGGAUCUGAGUUCAGAUCGUCAAGUUGCCCCCCCCCCCCUCUCCAGCCUCCCAGACAGCAAGAGCCCGGGUUUAUUUAUCUGUAUUCGCGACGGUCGGUAAGCAUAGAAGCAGUCGCCGCAGGGCUUGUUCCAAAUCGAGCAUCGUUUUGUUAAUUACUAUUAUGUUAACGUUGUUUGUUUCGUCACCGUAAUAUAGUGGCAUUUCAGAGAUGACGAUGAUGAGAAUUAACCACAGCUUUAAACGAGGAAUUUUACUGGAAUUGAUUAAAACAUUUAGGGAAAUUCCACAUGCAACGAUAACUAGAACAUUCCUAUUAUUUUAAGUCCACGACUCGUCAUCUCUAAAAUGGCAGCGGCACUUAUUUCCUUGUAUAGUAAGUAAUGUAUCCGUUAUUCCGAUCUCUCCAUAGAUUUCUUCAUAUCUACUAGAAGCGUUAACGCAAGCUACACAACACAUAUACAAUAGCUAAAUAUUGAUUUCCCAUCAACCGACAUGCCGUAAUUAGCAGAUACUUGGAGCCGUUGAUAUUUUAGACAAUAUUUUCGGGCAAGAUUUAAAUGUGGAAUAAUUGUGUGUAUUAUUAAACUUUUUUCAUGUUAACAGUUGAGUUUUAAUCCGGAUUUUCUACUUGAGUGAGUCACUGUGUAUACGAGACCACAUGGAUACACGAGCCGAUUACAUUGGUCGAUGUUCUUAUUUCUAUAUGUAAUGGGUUGACAAUUUUUCUAAAUUAAUUAAAGACUCGAGAUUCAAAACAUCGAAAUAAUUAGUCCACAGUGAUCGAGGGGCUAUCCCACAGAAAAAGUACAAAGUUCGGUGUUGAGCUCAUGUUUGUAUCUAUAAUUAUGUAUGUAGAUUUAUAAAGAGCGCAGAGGCGACAACAAUUCUUAUCGUUUAAAAAAUUGUAUCUAGAUAAUAGUUUAUUUCUGUUUCACAAAAUGUAUCUAACGUUUUUCCUUUACACUUUUAGUAUUUUUCGAAUCCGUCUACGAAGUGUUUGGAUUAUCAUGUAAUAUGAAAUAAAUAUGUAAUUAUUUUCGAAAUUAAUUAUAAAUAAAAAUAAAAAAAACAUUAUAUGUAGUAUGUAUUCGGUUCCACGUUUGGGUAUUAUGGUUCCUAAAUUUUCGAAAUUGUAAUAGACUCUAUUGUAUGUAGCAUUUCAUUUUUGGAAGUUAGAGACAUUUAGAUGUACCAAAUAGCUGUAUCAACUUUUCUAUACGUGAAAAAUUUCAAUAAGGAACGCUGAAAAAUUAGGUAGUUAUGAAAUAAGUAUUCGUUUGUAAUAUCUGGUUAAAUUGUGAAAACUGAGCACGGAUACACUAUUAGAAAGUUUUGAAACAAAUACUGCCGACAUUAAAACAGUAAUACAUUUGUAAAUUAAGAUGUGCGCUCUGUAUGUUCUAUGACAUCUGUGACAGAAAAGAGUUUUCAGAGCACACAAAAUAUUUGUACUUAUUACCGUAAUAACCAAGUAAUUUUCAAUAUCCUUGUGGUCUUCAUUCAUAACAGCGAUAUUUCAGUUUGUACUUAUUGUGUGUUUUGUAUGUGUUGGAUUGAGUUUUGAUGAGCUAAAAAAGUCCACGGCAGUGGCGCCAGUUCGUUUGGUAUAUUCGUAAACUAAGGCGAGCGGAUGCGGACACCUGUGAUAAAAUUAGUUACAAAAUUUGAAAAAAAAAAAAACGAAAUUAUUUUAGUGUGCCCGUCACAUUUUGUCCAGUCGCCAGCCCACUGUGCGGCUAUUUAGGGUUGUCACGGUCUGGACAAAACGCGGCGGGUGAUUUGAAAUUGACUAGUGUUUAGGCAUCGUUUCGGCAUCCUCGCAUUUCGGCUAAGUGAUAUGGUUCCGCGUCUGUUCGUUUCGAUAUAUUUAGUACAAAUUUCAUGAUGUUAAGGUUACGGGGCUCAAAGCUUUUCUUUGGACGCGCCCGCGCAGCCGCCCCCGCCACGCGCCUACAAUAUAAAAAAAAAUGAGUCGUGUAUAAAAUUUUAUUCAAAAAGAGUAUUUUUGUAUUGAAUAUUUCUAAAGUUGGUGUAAUGGUCAAAAUUUCGUAAAUUAUAGCAAUGACAAAAUGGGACAUUAGAUAAAUUUAGAAAUGUCAUGCGUUUUUUGUAUUUAAUUUUAAGAAUAGUGUCGAAUAAUAAACGUUUAGGGGCAUUACCAUUUGUAAAUAAAAAGUUUGACCGGAUGUGGCGCGGGCGGCGGCGCGGGCGCCGUUUAUAUAGAUAAAAAAUAUAUAAAUAACUUGAAAGAUGUUUAUAUGGUUCUGGAUGUAAAAAUGAUAAAUUUAAAAGGAAUUUUAAGGUGAAAAGUAAAAUUGUAACGAUUCCUCGGUAUUUGUCUUAUGGCCGGUGAUCUAUUGUAGUUGUGGGCGACAGACGAGGCCAGCCUGUCACGAACUAACCUAACCUAACUACGCAUUAAUAUAAAGGUUCUUAAUACUAAAACUUAUACAUUAAUAUUAUAUCACAUUCUCAUAUUGCUUAUAAUUUAAAGAGCGUGUGUCUAUGUCCGUGAAUGUGUAGCAACACGUUGGUGUAUUAGGCAUAAACAAGUUGAUGUGAAAAAUAAAUUGUAUCUAAAUUUAUAGUUUACCGUCGCAGCCGCGGCGGUGGACACAUUAUAUUGGCGGUUCAAAUUUGUUGAUCAAAAUUAUCGAAAUUAAUCGGAGUUGGAAUUAAGUGGUAUCUAAUAGCAAUGUCAGCAUGGAAACUUGUUCAUACUGUGAGGGAUAUUUCUUCGUGAAUAUAACGAGUAAUAAAGCUAAGCUUUUAUUUGAA